AUUCUUCUUUCCGUCGGCGGCGCACCGUCUUCUCUUUUCCUUUUCUCAUAAACCUAACGGUUUUCUUCCAGUGUUCCAUCGUGCGCAAACGCCGCCAGCAGUUGCUCCGGGAGACCCACAUCCCCUAGUCACCAUCCCAAAAGCGUAGUUGAAACUUGAAACUGAGAAAUGUAGCCAGCCCCUCCAGACAAACUCUCAGCUACUCUCAAACCCAAUCAUCACUGCUUGCUGCCGCCUCCGGAAACACCACAAACAAAAAUUUCUGAAGAAUUUAACGAAUACCCUCCAUCAAUCAAAGGCAACACACAAUAGAUUUAGAACUUUUUCAUUCAUAGGGAAGAUGGAAACCAAUAGCAGUGGCAGCAGUGGCAGCAGCAACAGCAUUGCCAAUGACAAAAGCGAGGAGCAUUGGAGGGCAGAAGAUGCAAUUGGUGGCAAUGGCCAAGCUCUCCAAGCCCUGAGAGAACUCAUCAUUUUCCCACUUCUUUACUCCCAACAAGCCAAAAAGCUUGGCCUCAAAUGGCCUCGCGGUUUGCUUUUAUAUGGUCCACCGGGCACGGGAAAGACAAGCCUGGUACGUGCAGUUGUUCGUGAAUCAGGUGCACAUUUAAUAGUUAUCAGUCCACAUUCUGUCCACAGGGCACAUGCUGGAGAAAGUGAGAAAAUUUUGCGGGAGGCUUUUGCCGAGGCAUCAACUCAUGCUAAGUCUGACAAGCCAUCAGUUAUUUUUAUUGAUGAAAUAGAUGCACUCUGCCCUCGUCGUGAUUCUAAACGGGAGCAGGAUGUUCGUCUAGCGUCUCAGCUCUUUACUCUUUUGGACUCAAAUAAGCCCUCAUCAACAUUUGUACCUCAAGUGGUAGUCGUUGCAUCAACAAACAGGGUGGAUGCAAUUGACCCAGCACUAAGAAGGUCUGGGCGCUUUGAUGCCGAGGUUGAAGUUACCACACCUAAUGAAGAAGAGCGUUUUCAAAUUCUUAAGCUUUACACAAAGAAGGUCAAUUUGGAUCCCAAUGUUGACUUGCAAGGUAUAGCUGCAUCUUGCAAUGGAUAUGUUGGGGCUGAUUUGGAAGCUUUAUGUCACGAAGCUACCAUGUCUGCUGUUAGAAGGUUGUCAGAUCUAGGUGAAAACACAGGCACACCUAGCUUAGCCAUGGAAGACUGGAAGCAUGCUAAAUCUGUUGUUGGCCCAAGCAUAACAAGAGGUGUAACAGUGGAAAUCCCCAAGGUAUCUUGGGAAGAUAUAGGAGGGUUGAGAGAUUUGAAGAAAAAGCUCCAGCAAGCUGUUGAGUGGCCUAUCAAGCAUUCUGCUGCUUUUUCAAGGCUAGGGGUAUCACCUAUACGUGGAAUUCUUCUGCAUGGACCUCCAGGAUGCUCAAAAACAACUCUUGCUAAAGCUGCUGCUCAUGCUGCCCAAGCCUCUUUUUUCUCCCUGAGAUUUAUAUACUUUGUGAACAGUGGUGCAGAACUUUAUUCAAUGUAUGUUGGAGAGGGUGAAGCUUUGCUGCGUAAUACAUUUCAGAGAGCACGUCUUGCAGCACCAAGCAUCAUAUUCUUUGAUGAAGCCGAUGUUGUAGCCGGGAAGCGUGGUGGUAAUUCAAGUAACAGUACUACAGUUGGAGAGAGGCUUCUUUCUACUUUGCUGACAGAAAUGGAUGGUUUGGAAGAGGCAAAGAGGAUUCUUGUUCUGGCUGCAACUAAUCGUCCCCAUGCGAUUGAUGCCGCUCUCAUGCGCCCUGGACGAUUUGACCUGGUACUAUAUGUGCCACCACCUGAUUUGGAAGCUCGAUAUGAGAUACUAGGGGUGCAUACACGUAACAUGAAAAUUCAGGAUGAUGUUGAUUUGAGAAGACUAGCCGAAGAUACUGAGCUCUUCACAGGGGCUGAACUGGAGGGUUUGUGUAGGGAAGCUGGAAUGGUGGCUCUCAGGGAAAACAUAUCUGCCACCGUUGUCUGUAAUCGGCAUUUCCAAACAGUGAAGGAGUCACUGAAACCAGCAUUAACAAAAGAGGAAAUAGAUUCAUAUGCAUCAUUCAUGAAGACCCAAGUGAUGGCAAAGUCUGACCAGUUUGAAUCUAGUGAAGUUAAACGCCAAAGAAAUUCAUUCGGUCUAGCAUUUCCUUUAUCAGUUGGUGCUCUCAGCUUUAUAUUGCUGGCUGCUGCUGGAAGAUAUCUCUUCAAGCAUUUAGAUCAAACUCGACAGCAACUAGCAGCUACAUGACAACUCACAAAUUUUUUGCUUUUUAGUACUUUGUCACAAUGUUUUAUUUAUAAGUUGGUUUUUCAAAGUUUUAUGAAAUCUUGACCCUUUUUUUUAUUUUGAUUUUUUGAUGGCUUAAUAGGGUUAUUGAGUUUUAUUGUAUACUUGUUAUUAGUUAUUAUAGAGAUUUGAACUUAAGGAUAAUUGUAAUUUAGGAUUUUUUUUCUGUUUUCAUCAUAAAAUUUAAUCAAAAAAAUUUAGUGCA